UUAUGUUAUGCAUUUCAUGUGCGAGACCCUUGAAACCUACACGUGCAAGAAGUUCAGCUCAAUUCAGUUAAAAAGUACAGAUAAUGGUUCCGUUCACGUCCAAGCGGUCCAGCUUGUGUCAAAGUACUAGAUUUUUUGCCCAUAAACGUGCGUGAUAUCUCCACGUGGGACACAGCUCAUGCUUUGUUUAUAUAUGUAACUUUACGACGACGGAGUAAGUACGGAGUGUCGCAAGAAUUUCAUUCAUCGCGAGAAUGUCGCACACUCAACAGAACAUCGUGAAGUUGCUAGACCUCGUUAGCGAGGAGAAUCGAGACAGCAGCCUCGAGAGUCUCUGCGGUCAGCUGCAUCAGAGCUUCCCCAAGGAGGAGCGCUUCGAUGUAGGAACGGUGCUGCUCCUGCAGCUGCAGCACGUCAGCCUGCUGCCCAAACAUGUCCAACGUAUCAUAGCGUGGACGCUGCUAUUCGACCUGUACCGAGGGGAACCGUUGGCUUCCACGCCUUUCGCCUCUGUGUUUGUGCAAGUGCUCAAGUUGCAGGAGGAUACUAAUAACGGCAGUUCGAAAUCGUCCGGCCACACCGGUCACAUACCGCCCCUGUCAAAUUGCGAGAAGAAUCUGCUUGUCAAUUUGAUGGGAUACAAUGCGAAGGACGUUAUGAAGAAGACGCCACGCCAGAUCGUGGACGAAUUCUCGUUUGCUCCCGUGCCGCCUAUCGAUCUGACCAACUUGCAACUGCAACUGGCGGAGCACCAAUCUGAGCUGCCAGCCGUCAGUAAAUGCGGAAAUCCAAUAAUACUACCUGACAUGGAUCACUCUAAAGGAAUAGAGUACGACGUGACUGCUGUGAAAAAUAUGAUAGAAGAUCUCACUAUCGGCGACCCGCCUCUGUGCAGGCGAAGUUAUCGUCCCGAAUGCGUGAGGCUUGUACCACCGCUUUAUCAUUCUAUCAAUGAGUUAGCUUGGUUUCAUGUUACAGAACCGACUCAAUUUACAGUCGAGUACGACACCAGUAUGUGCGUGUCAAACUGCGCUAGUGCCGAAGCACGUAAACUCAUGGGCAAGGCCUUUAAGAACGUUUUAACGCUGACUCAGCAACAAUAUUUGAUUAGCGAACUGGACAAGGAUCCAAAGCUCGUUUAUCACAUUGGACUCACGCCUCCCAAAUUGCCAGAUCUGGUCGAGAACAAUCCUUUGAUUGCCAUUGAAGUUUUACUCAAAUUAAUGCAAUCCAGCCAGAUCACUGAAUACUUUAGCGUGCUGGUGAACAUGGAGAUGUCUCUUCAUUCUAUGGAGGUAGUAAACAGGUUAACCACCACGGUGGAUCUACCGACGGAAUUUGUACAUUUGUAUAUUAGCAAUUGUAUAUCUACCUGUGAGACUAUCAAGGACCGUUACAUGCAGAACCGACUGGUGCGACUUGUCUGUGUGUUUCUGCAAUCUCUGAUAAGAAAUAAAAUCAUAAACGUGCAAGAGCUAUUUAUCGAGAUCCAAGCGUUCUGUGUUGAAUUCAGUCGCAUUAGGGAAGCAGCCGCAUUAUUUCGGCUCUUAAAACAACUUGAGUCUGGUGAUACCGGUGGACUUAGCGCUCCACCUACAAGAAAUAGAGCAGAUAUAUGUUAAAACGUGCCAUGAUGCCUGUAAAUACUAUGUGAAGCAUUUUCACUAAAAAAACAAACUGUUCGAUUAAUUUAACAGGAAAUUUGAUGAUUUGAGUAUGUCCCUAGUUGCACCCUCCUGUAUAUAUCUGAUAAAAUAACAUUUUAAAAUUAUGUUAUUGAGUUGUUGUAAAUGGAAAAUAAAUUUUCGAAUUGUAGCCAUCAUGUUUUAAAAAAAAUAUCUUGAUUACCAAGAUAAAUCUCGAUAAAUAGUUUUGGCAGGUCUACGAUCUUUUUUUUUUUUAUAUCAGAAGAUCUGUAUCUUAAGGAAAAUCACAAGGUCUUAGCUGACUUCUUUGGAGUCUAGUUUAUUGGAUGGAUUUUCAACUUUAAUAGUCAGACUAUUAUAAAUUUUUAGUAGUAAAAUACCAAAUUUUUUAAGAGUGUGAAAUCGAAGAUACAUCUAGAUGAAAAUUCACUUCUUGCAAAGUUUUUAUCUUUUUUUCCACUCAAGUUGGAGAGAAAGAGAGGACAAAUGGACAAAGUUCAGUUGAAAAGAAAAGAAACAUAUUUUACAUUUUAAGCCUUUGCCACACGUUAGUAAUACACAAUAACUAUCUUGUUUUUGAAAUCAUACAAACUAAAAAGACUUUUGUGUGAUUUAUGAUAAACCGUUAUAUAAUAACAAAAGAAUUACGAACUUUAUAGAUAUUACAAAAGUGCAUACCAUCAUGUAAUAAUAAAUGUUUUUAAAUUAUACAAGUCAACCAUUUUGCUAAGGCAAAUUUAAUGUUUUAUGUAGAAUAUAAAAUUGAAGUGAAUAUAAAUUUGUAAUAUAUACAUGUAUAUGAAACAUUGAUAAUAACUUAUUUAUGUAAAAAAUACUUCGCUGAUCUAGAAUUUGACAUACAAUGUUUUUUUUUUAUAUUGGUAACUUUCCAUUUUUAGUAACUGAAUUCUGUAACAUUGUCUUAUAAUAAACAAUCAUCAUCUAAUAAACAAAUGCAAUAUGUAAAUAACGAAUUUAUAAUUGUAAAUUUUUUACAAUUACACAUUUGUAUCUAUCAUGCUUCAAACUUCAAGUACAAAAGAAACGAAUUACAAUAAAUAUCGCAGUCAAUACAA